AUGGCCGCCGCUAUGAACUUCUCAUCUCUCAGAUUCGAUUCCAACACCAUUUUUUCCGGGCCCAACAACCUCGGCCAGUCCCAACUUCACUCUCACAUUUUCCUCCAAAACAAGCAGCAGUUGCAGAGGAAUUUUAUUGAUUUCAAGAAGUUUGUCGUUGUUUGCGCUUCCACGAACACCGGUUCUGCUGUUAUACAGGAGAAGGGAGUGAGCGAUUCUGACUCGGGACUGAGUCGAAUCGAGUCACUGAGUCAGGUAUCCGGCGUGCUGGGCUGCCAGUGGGGUGAUGAAGGCAAAGGAAAGCUCGUAGACAUCCUCGCUAAGCACUUCGACAUCGUCGCUCGGUGUCAGGGUGGAGCUAAUGCUGGGCACACUAUUUAUAACUCAGAAGGCAAAAAGUUUGCACUUCACCUAGUUCCUUCUGGAAUUCUGAACGAGGAAACUAUCUGUGUGAUUGGUAAUGGAGUUGUGGUGCAUCUGCCAGGAUUCUUUAAAGAAAUUGACAGUCUUGAAUCUAAUGGUGUCUCUUGCAAAGGAAGGAUAUUGGUAUCUGACCGUGCUCAAUUGCUAUUUGAUUUUCAUCAAGAAGUUGAUGGGCUUAGAGAAGCUGAGCUUGCUAAAUCUUUCAUUGGUACCACUAGAAGAGGCAUUGGACCUUGCUAUUCAAGCAAGGUUAUCAGGAAUGGCAUAAGAGUAAGCGACUUGAGGCACAUGGAUACUUUCCCUCAGAAGCUUGAUCUUUUAUUGUCAGAUGCAGCUUCGAGAUUUAAAGGUUUUAACUAUGGCCCUGACAUGCUCAGGCAAGAAGUUGAACUAUACAAGAGAUUUGCUGAGAGGUUGGAACCCUAUAUUACUGAUACCGUGCAUUUCAUGAAUGAUGCUAUCUCUCAAAAAAGGAAGAUAUUAGUGGAAGGUGGUCAGGCAACCAUGUUAGAUAUCGACUUUGGAACCUAUCCCUUUGUUACUUCCUCUAGUCCAUCAGCUGGAGGGAUAUGUACAGGUCUUGGCAUCGCUCCUAGAGUUGUUGGUGAUCUUGUAGGUGUGGUCAAAGCAUACACUACAAGAGUUGGUUCAGGUCCAUUCCCAACCGAAAUUUUGGGUAAAGACGGCCUCUCGCUCUUGGCCCUCAAAGCAGCCAUUUCAGAAGACCCAUCAAAAGCUCUCAUUGCUUGGUCCGACUCAGAUUCAACUCCAUGCAAGUGGGAUGGGAUCACCUGUGAUCUCACUCACCAAAAGGUAACCUCCGUUUCUCUUUCCAACAAGAGUCUCUCAGGCUACAUUCCCUCGGAGGUUGGCGCACUGUCUUUUCUCACUUCUCUUGACCUCUCAUACAAUUAUUUCAGUGGACCCCUGCCACGCCAUAUUGCAACACUUCUGAACCUUGUUCAUCUCGAUCUAUCUUCAAAUAAGUUCAAUGGCACACUCCCUGAGAGCCUAAGCAAUUUAUCCCAGUUGACAGGGACUUUAAAUCUUUCUUACAAUGAAUUUUUCGGCGAAAUUCCGGCGAGUUUUGGCAGGUUACCGGUUACGGUCAGCCUGGAUCUCCAGCACAAUAAUCUCAGUGGAAAAAUACCUGAGGUGGGGUCACUUAUGAAUCAGGGCCCCACUGCAUUUUCUGGAAAUCCUUAUCUUUGGUUUGGUUUGGAAUUAGAGGAUUUGUUGAGGGCAUCUGCUUAUGUUGUUGGGAAAAGUAGGAGUGGGAUAGUGUACAAGGUGGUGGUGGGUGGAGGUGUCAAGGGGGGAGGAUCAGGUGUGGGGGGUUCAAUGGUGGUUGCAGUGAGGCGUCUCAGCGAGGAAGACACCACGUGGAGGUUUAAGGAGUUCGAAACCGAGAUGGAAGCCAUAUGUAGGGUUCAGCACUGUAGCAUUGUAAGGUUGAGAGCUUAUUACUAUGCCAGUGAUGAGAAGUUGCUGGUUUCUGAUUUCAUCUGCAAUGGAAGCCUGUACGGUGCACUACAUGGAGGACCUGUCAAUUCCUUGCCUCCGCUAUCAUGGGUGACAAGAUUGAGGAUUGCUCAAGAAACAGCACGUGGUCUACUCCACAUUCACGAAUGCAGCCCUAGAAAGUAUAUUCAUGGCAACAUUAAGUCAUCAAAAAUUCUUCUUGACAAUGACCUAAAACCUUUUAUCUCUGGGUUUGGCCUUAAUCGCCUUGUGCCUGGUACCUCAAAACUCACAAAUGCAGCUUUUGGAAAUCAGAACAUAAACCAAAUUGUUGCAAGUCCUAAAAGUUCAACUUUGUCAUCUAUUAUGUAUAUGGCACCCGAAGCUCGAGUUGCCGGCAGCAAACUUACGCAAAAAUGUGAUGUAUAUUCUUUUGGAAUCGUGCUUUUGGAGAUGCUGACUGGUCGACUACCAGAUGGGGGGCCAGAAAGUGAUGGCAAGACACUCGAGGGCCAUGUCAGGAAGGUGUUCCGUGAAGAACGACCAUUGUCUGAAAUAAUAGACCCUGCCAUUUUGCACGAGGUUCGUGCAAAGAAACAAGUUGUUGCAGCAUUUCAUAUUGCUUUAAACUGCACAGAACUGGAUCCAGAGUUACGACCUAGGAUGAGAACGGUUUCUAACAAUCUUGAUUGCAUUAAGCUGUAG